AUGACGCCACCACAAGUCGCUUUCUUCUGCGUUCUGCUGGCUGCCCACAGCACAGGUAUCUCAGUCUUUGACUUCAACGACAACCCGCGCGUUUCAACUGAGAACUGUGAUCCCGACGCCAAAUCUCAAGACAUCGGUGACCGGGCAACCUGCACCUUCACCACGCACGUGGACGUGGACUCGACGAGGAUUCCUCCGGAGAUAGCAAGCGUCAAGUGCAACUGCCGCGACAGCCUGUGCAGCAAACUCGGAGACUUCCGGUGCCAGGAAGUGACGGAGACCAUCAAAGUCGCCUUCGUCAACGAGACGUCAUCGGUAGUGCGACAACGAAGCAAGGUGACCGUGGCCUGCGUCUGUGCCAUCAACCGAAGUGCAGGAGCACUUCGAGGCUUGAAAAGAACUGGACAAGUUGUGCACUCAUUUGGUUGA